CUGGGUGGGGAGUCAUUUUGUGGUGGGGUCAUUCCAUGAUGGCCCUCGAUGGGGCAGGGCACAAGGGGAGCAGCUUCCUCCUGGGUGAUGUCCUCGGCGCCACGUUGAAGCACACCUGCGUGAUUUGACUUUAUCCCAGAAAUUUCUUUUCUCCAGAGGCCUCACUGAAGGGAACCCAGGCUGUCUGGGCCACGUGGAUGCAGCAGUUUUCAGCAGCACUCACCUGGGAGGGGCACCUGACUUUGUUGUCUCAGAUCCGGCUGCAGCUUCUCUCCAUACAAGAUCGUUUUACCCUCUUGAUGCAAAAUGAUCCAAUACCGUCGGCACACGGGGAGUGCUGCUGUCACUUCGGAAGCAAAGGCACAGACUGUGUUAGUGUUAAUGCUGCUCAGCAUAAAGAUGACACAUGCAAAGCGUUUUGUCAAAAAGACACAACAGAGAAUUUACACAUGCACAACCAGAAAUAGACUUUCUACUGUAGAAUUUUAUCUAAUAGAACAUUUUCUGGAGUCUUUAGUGGACUGAUUUUGGGAUCCACAAUAAAGUCACGUCCGGUCCACGUCACAGUUUAGACUCACGGAAGCUGCUUCCUUUCAUGCAGAUCCCGCCACGCUCAGCACGGUGGCUAUGUGAGGCUGGGGGGCUUCACCUCUGUCCUAUGCCUGCUCAGUCACCUGCCAGGUCUCCUGCCUGGGCCCCUCAGGGCUUAGCUCUACUCCUCUCUAAGUGGAUAAGUCGAUUGGGAGUCUGCUAGGGGUUUUUUCCUUUCAAUUUCAACAUGCCAUGGGUUCAUGAGAGCAAAUGAGCUUAAAUACGUCAUCUAUAAGCCUAUUCAUUUUUAAAUUUGCACACCAGAGGAAUGCCACCUGCCCACAUUCUACCCACAAUGGGAUGCCCCACAAGGAUGCAGAGGGAGAAACCAGGCUCAACACGCCUGCCACCAGCACGCACCUGCCAGCUGCACACCGGUGUGGUUCUCCUGCGCCUGGCGUUGUAGCCCCAGAGUGCCUAUUGUGGGCACUGAACUCCCGUGUCACGAGGUGGGCCUGGGCCCGGCCGCCUUUCCUGGGUCUGCCUCUGACCACCCCUUCCGCCCAUUCUCAUGCAUGUAGAAAGUUCAUACAUAGCCCAGUGGGUUUUACCUCAUUCAGCUGUUUCUUCCUCCUUUCUACAAAUUCUGAGGACUUACUUUACAUACAAAACCACGCCAAAUGCCAUGGGGUCUUUAAAAGCUAAGUAGCCUGUAAUCCUGACUCAAAGGCAGUAAGAAAGAAAUAAUUUUUACAGGUAAUGUUAACGCAUGGCAUCGCAGCAUACACUGGGAAUGGGGAAAGUUUGCUCUAAGGUGUAGAGAAGGCAGUGGGGAGAGGAGGGAGUAUAAUAUUUGGAGGAGUUACUAUAUUCCAGGCAUUUUGUAGGAGGAAUCCUCUGAUGGGGGCUCACGGGCACGGUCCCUGGAGGAGGUGGCAUUUAGCUUUGGCCUCGAAAGAUGGCCAGGGGAUCAUUAGAGCUUCUAUAGGAACAAACCCCGUGGAUGUUGCAUUGGUCUAGUGGGGGCAGUUUGUUUUUUCAAGUUGGCCUGGUCAUUAGAAUAACUCAUCUGGGUAAUACAGGGAGGGGUUUUCUGGGGGCUCGAUUAUACACACUGACUUGUUUAUAACAUAAUAGAGGCUGGGAGCAUUUCUGCAAAAUGGCCUAUAAAAACACGGGGACAAUGACAGAACCUGUAAGGAGGAUGGAACUGGCUGUAAUCCAUUCCUGUAAUUUUCAAACUCAUUAUUAAUCUUCCCCCAAAUGUCUAUAUAGAGAACCAGGUGAUAUCCAGGUUAAGCAAAUAUUCAAGAGAAAUGUAAAUGUGACCUUCCUUAAUUAACAAAUUUGCUAACAUUUCUCAUCACUACAGAGUUGCUAUAGAAUGUUCAGCUGCCCCUUGAAUUUACAUGUGUGUAGAGUAACAAACAAGGAAGCAUAUGUAAUGCGCUUUGCCGUUUGCAGUUUUGUGAUGGAAAAGAGGUGCUGUGCGUUUUGCUCUGUAAUUUUGAGUUAUUUAAAAGAAAUCAAAAUAGAAGCAUGGAUGUCGUGGAGUCGCACCCAUCAGAUGCAGAACCUUCUCUCUCCUGGCGACUGGCCAGUCUAUUUGGGCAAAUUAUUUAACGCUAUCUGACCUCAGGCUUCUAAUCUGUAAAAUGCCUUCCUCAUAAGACUGUUAACGAAGUUUGGCGUAACAUAGAAUGAAGUGCUUCCUACACAGGCAGUACAAGUGAGUUCAUGCCCUGGGAAGGGAAGGAGCUUGUGCAAGCUCGAGCUCCACAGAGAAGGAACCAGAAGGACCAGGUGUGUCCCAGUCAGCUCUGUCAUCCCAGCCAGCUCGCAGUCUCUAAGGCCGGGGGUUUAAAACCUGGGAAGUGAAAUAUGUGCCUGCAGCUGAAGAAGAGAGAGACUCGUGAGUGAUGAAGAUUGACGUAGAAACACACCAAGCAAAGAGGCCCGAUAGCCGUGAGGAAUUCCGUGGAUGUGCACUGUGUGGGGAGACGGGAUAAUUCCUGGAUUUAAUUGCAAAGGGCCCCAGUCUUUCUGCUUGACAUAUUGGGUGCUAGAAGAAUGUUGCCAUAGCAACCCAGCAAGUAACUGUGGCAGGUUAGCAAGCAGCCAAAAAUCAUUAUAAUAUUUAAGAACCAAAACUUUAAUAUUUUAUUUUCAUUACUGUCACUGGUUUUCCUUCCUAGCAGAAUGGAUUCCUCUGCUCUUUGUGGGAACCUUUUCUGCAGUGCUUUUAGAGCAAGUACUGUUGAGUUUGUAAUUUCCAAAAGAUUAAAGAGGAUCCUUUUGAUGAAUUUCACUUUUAUUUGGGUCUUUCUGUGUAAAGAAAUCUGUGGUUAGCAGUACAACAAAUGUGUUACACCAGCUUCCUUUUCCUGGUCGGUUUCCGCUUGCCCCUGCGGGGUGCUGUUCAUCAUCACGAGUGCUGAAACGGGAGCCUCUGAGCCUGUGUGCCGCGCCCGGAGGUUCUGGGAAGCUUCCUACGGAUAUUUCCUCUCCUGGUUUGAUUACAGGCAUGACUACGCACACACGCAUGCACGCACACGCGCACACACGGACACACGGACACGCGUGUGCAUGCACACACACACGCAUGCACACAUGGUCCAUGCAUAAAAGUCAUUCGCUGUCAUGUGUAUGCUCUAACCCAAUAUUAAAACAUUUCGUGUCACUGUUUCCGUGUCUGUAUUAAAUGGCUUGGACUUUACUCUUGGCUAAAAGCAUCUGAGAUUUGUAAUCGCCAAUUACUCUUCGGCUUUGUAGGCUCCUAUCAUGUCAACAUAAGUUUUUACAGAAGAGCUGUCAUUAAAGUAGUCUAACUUACUGUAUAUUAGAAUAUAUGAUGUUUCUGCAAAUACUUAUGUUUUCCAUGGAAUUCAUUAUUAGUAUAGAAAUUAAAUAAAACAUGCCCAGUAAUUUAUCAUCCCUCUCUUGAGUUGUCUAUCUAGGAAUGAUCAGAUAACAAUUGACUGCUUAAUUUAAAUAAAGAAAAGCAGUAUUCUCAGCAUGAAUUAACAUUAUUUGGAAUGUUUGAUUCAUGGUUUUUACAUUGUUUUAGUGUUAUAUUAUUGCAUUGUACAAGAUUUAAAAAAACUGUUGGAGACUGAGACUAAAUUAUUCUCAAACAAUCAAAUUGUAAGGAAAAACCGUAACUUAUCUAAACAUUUUUUAUUAUCAACUGUUUUCAUUAAUGCUUUGUGUUUGUUUUAUAAAAAGCACCAGAACAAAAUAAUAACAGCCUUCAUAGACAGUGGCACACAAAAAUAGUUUUUCCUCAUGAAGCAAUAAUUGCAUGUAGAAAAUUGAAUAUACUUCUACAGCAAGAAAUGUUGAGCCCACAUGAUCAGAGAACAGUUCCAUAUUAUGACGCACAUUUUAGAUGUUUAUAAGGAUCAACUUUCUAAAAAACUUUACCAAGAGUAAAAGCUAUGAAAUAGAGAUUUUGUAAAGAUGGAUACUAUGUGUUUUGAGAUCACUUUUUCUUAAUUGUCCAAUUGUGUGAUUAUGUGAUGACAUUCUCUAAACAUAAAGCCCUUUUGCUGGUGGUUUAGGCCUGAUGAGCUCUAUUUUAGUGAUGAGUGCAUUAAGAACUGUAGCUUCAACUUAUCAAACUAGCAAAUUGAUUUUCUGUUUUUCAUUUCAAAUCAGAGUCAUAGUGAUUUGGAGUCGUCCCUCCACUGUAAGUCUCUUCUUCCUGCUCUAAAUAUUAAUGUAGUAAGAUAUCUAGGUUCCUUAUCUAUGAAUAUGUUAGGACUUUAACUGGUUUACUGUUUGAGUCAGAUAAAAUAUUUUUCUACCGAAGCUCUGUAGUCAUUACUUAUAAGAGAUUUGACAUGUGGACUGUUUAUUACAUGAUCCUACUAAUAUUUUCCAUCAAAUGUCUAAAGCCAAGGACACUCGCCUUCUCACUGCUGGACAUCUGGAUAGGAUGCUGGAAACAGCCGUUGGGUAGGCCGUUGGUCACCGUCUUCUAGCUGCUUCACAAAGCAGGCUCUAGAGAUGCAGCCCCUGCCGUAAUAGCCCAGGAAUCCGCAACCAGCACCGUGGCCAUGCUGGGCGUUCACGGCUCAUCCCACUGAGGAGGCCUCGCCAGCAGAGGGGCAUCUGAGUCAGGCUCAUCUGGGCUUGAAUCCUGAUUCUUACUUCAAGGAUUUGUGCACAAUAUUUAAUCUCUAUAGAUCUCCUCUUCUCAAUCUUCAGAUGUCAGGGAUAAUAAUACCUGGCCGGCUACAGAAAAGAGUGGUUGCACGGGUUGAACUGCGGUGACCUUGGUGUGCCCUGGGGAAUGUUGAGAUGCAGGAAGUGGCUCCUUAUGGAGGCAGCUCAGGGAGUUGAGAGCAGAGAGAGCUUGGUAGCUCCCAGGUAGCAAUAUUUCACGACUGAGUAAGCACUGAGUUGUAUGACUUCCUCAGGCGGUUCAGUGUGACACUGGAGGGUUUUUAGAGAAAAAUGUAAUUCUUGUUUUAGGAAAACAUACUGUUUGUUCCUGGUUAUAACUUUUGAUCAAACGACCUCAGUUGACUGUGUUGUGUGGAAUAGUUUUACAAGGGCCUGGUCACGUGGGCCUUUCCACUCGCGGCCUCUGUGGCUCCUCUAAGGCGUCCUGUAGUUUCACAUGACUGUCCGUGCGUGUGGCAGAGGGUGGAAUUCCUCUAGCCCUGCGUGUCCUCUGUCCAGGUUUACUUCCGCUUUCUCCUAUUAUUCCCGUCUCUUUUUCCUAGUUUGUUUAUUUACAUGUCUUAAUUUUGUAACUUUUUUCAUGUUUUGGAACUGUGUUUCAAAGAGCCAUUCUUUAGUCUCUUGUUUGCUGUAGAACUAUUAAAGAAAAUUUUAUUUUUUCCCCUAAGCCAGCAGGACUCCAACUAAUGACUUGCAAAAUGUGUGUCAUGAAACACGACUCCAGUUGUAAGGUGCCGGGACACUGACACACCCGUGCCAAAAUGUGGAUUUAUACAGGGAUGCCGUUAGCACUGUGCUGCCGUCAGCAUCAGCUCUGGAGUCAGACUGAGCUGGAUUUGAAUUCUGACCCUGCCAGGUAAUUGCUCCAGAAGUUUCUUAAUUUUGAUCUCAGUUUCUUGAGUUGUAAAAUGGGAAUUCCAGCACUUACAUCAGACCAGCUGCAAUGAGUACAUGCAAUUGUGCCCCUGGAUUUCUAAUUGUAGUUGGUAGGUAACUCAGUAAAUAGCAAUUCCCCCUUAAUCCUCUGCCUUCAUUUUCUAGUGAAUACAACCCAAAUAUGGAGGUGAGAAUUUCAUAACGAUAAAUCCCCUCGAAGAGACAGAGACAGACCAUGUUUGUCAAGUUUUUGUUAAGCCCGAGAACUCACGGACCACCAGAAUAAUCCACACCCACAGUCUGAGAAACUACUGUGAGAUACGUAUUUUUCUGCAUGAAAAUGACUUUGAGUUGUAAAAGUAUUACUGCAGAGUUUUACCUUUCAAACCUGUGAACCCUUUCAGUGUGAGCAUACUUUUUUACCCUAGGACACACAGUUCCCGUGAGAUUUGCAUCCGUUACGACACGCUGAAGUUAGCUGUCUGUAUUAACACAGGUUAUUAAGAAACAGGAGCUUUAACACAGGUAAAUUUGAAUUACAUACAUUGAAGUUAGCCAUCUGUGUUAACAGGUUAUUAAGAAACAGGAAUUUUAACACAGGUAAAUUUGAAUUACGUACAGUUCACGUUAAUCCAAACAUUCAAAUGCUGCAUGUAUUUUCCAUUUUACUAAAUCAUUAUUCACGUUAGGGUUCUGCACACAAGGGCUAAGUCUUUAAUUGAUGGUUCUUCCCUUCUAUGGAUAUAAAUGGCAUUGCCUAAGAAUUCGGCUGUUCGUUUAUUGUCUCUCUAACUUACUGGCUGUGCUAUCUCUUGAUUUCUUAUGUCUGUCUAUGAAAGAGGAUUAGAAACCUCUAUUCUGAACACUGGCAAAGUCUUUCUGGAGGAUGUAAGCAGGGACCAGGCAAACAAGAAAACCUCCGGUGUCAUUUUCUCUGAAUUAGCUUUGUUUGCGAACAGCUUGUGGCCUUUCAUCUUUGAGAAUUGUGACUAUGUUCAUUGAUGCUAACACCAGAGGUUAAAAUGUGUUACUGAGAGAACAAAAGGGAGAUAAUCUUUAAUUUAAUGUAGCAAAACAAAGUACUUGUUGAAGCUUUGAUGUUUAAGGAGAAAUAAAAAGAAAGAUGUUGAGUUUCUGGCUCUCGUUUUCCAGUUCUUAACUCCUUCGUUUUAUAUUAGGACCCAGAGACAUCAAGCUGCAUAAAACAAGAAAACUUGUUUUGCUUUAUUUGUGGCUCUACGUGAACCUAGGAUUUUGGGAAAACAUUCUGUGGAUAGUCUGCGUCUGGUGAACGUAACAGUUUUGAGAGGAAAAGAUGUUACCCUGCCCUGCUGCGUCCCGAGUGAGGAUCAUGUGGGAUUGCCCGCGGGUGGAUUCCCCCGGGGGCGUGGCCGGCUUGACUGGCAGCGGGUCUGGGGGCGUGGCCGGCUUGACUAGCAGUGGAUCUGGGGGCGUGGCCGGCUUGACUAGCAGUGGGUCUGGGGGCAUGGCCGGCUUGACUAGCAGUGGGUCUGGGGGCGUGGCUGGAUUGACUAGCAGUGGGUCUUGAUUUCAGCAUUUUGCUAAAGACCCUCUUUUGGGACUGAGACGUUGCUUUACAAAUAGUCACUCACUUGGCCCUGAGAGAAUAAGCCUGAAUUUCUGUAGGAACCCAGCACCUGCCACAGCUCCAAUGGGCGACCUGACUGCUGCAGGCCACACUCAGUGGUGAGAUGCUGCGUGAUGUGGGUUCGAAGUUUUGCACAGUCCAGUUCAGUCAUCAGUGGAACUCUGAGAGUGGCUUCCAAUACCCGCCCAUGUACCCAUUCUCAGGUCAGCCUCGAGGGGCCAUGCAACGACCUAGCUGGCUGAUGUGGUUCAGCAAUGGGGAGCACUGUGUUGACAAAGAGGAGAUCAACUUGGAGAGAGCAGGGGGGAGCCUGGUUCAUCAGGGCUGGUUAAAAUCCACAUUUAUAGCCAUCUACCAAGUAGGUUGUUUAACCUGUUGUCAUUUAUGUGGUUGGUAAAUUAGAGUUGUGGUUGUCACCUCUUAAGACAGAUUGGCCUUAUAUUAUAUGGACAAGCUACAAAGAUCAAGCCAUCUUAAAAGUGAUAUUUGAGGCCCACCCCAGAUUAUUGGGUUAGGAAUCAAGAAACACAUUAUGGUGUGACUUCAUGUAAGUUCCCUGACACCUGUGAGUGUUCGUUUCUCUUGAUGGCCACACCCACCUGUGUCUACCUCAAAAGACCUAAUCAAAACUGGUGUUAGAACCUCGAGGUAGAAUGCAAUUCAGCCAACCUUUAUUUAGCAUCUCAGGGCUGUACCUUGGGCUGGAUGUUGGCUGUAGCAGCGUCUGCUUCUGAGAAAACAUAAACAGAAUUCUCCAGGUCUCCCCCCAUGUGUCCAUGAAUAAGCGCUCUCCCGUCUCUCUGUGUCCAGUGGGAGUCCUAAAGUCAGCAGCACUGCUCUCUGCUCUGGGGCUCUGUGACAGCUCUCUUUGGGCCCUGGAUCCUCUUGGCUUCAAUUACAGGGAGAGGCUCCGUCACUGGCUGGACCUCAUCCCCUGCCCACUGACCCCCCAGGGUCCCAGUAUACUCCAUCCCCAAGGGCCUCCUGGGACCCCUGUGUCCCCUGGGCAUGGACUCUUCCUGCCUUCUCCGUGGAGGCACAAGGGGUGGCAUAUUUCUUAGGAGCACAGCUCUGGAGCUGCACUCCUGAGCCCAAAGUCUUGGGCUCCUCUCUCAGUUCUGUGCCUCAGUUUCUCCCUCUGUGAGAUGGAGACCCUAGGAGCUCCAGCCUCAGGGGCUGCGGAAGGAUUGAAUGAGCAGGGCACGUGGUGUGUGGCAAGUGUGGGCUGUUCAGUGCCUGUUGCCUCCUCUCCAUUAGUCUGUGAGCUGGUGUGUGGCAAGUGUGGGCUGUUCAGUGCCUGUUGCCUCCCCUCCAUUAGGCUGUGAGCUAGUGUGUGGUGAGUGUGGGCUGUUCAGUACCUGUUGCCUCCCCUCUGUUAGGCUGUGAGCUUCUCCCCUCCAUUAGGCUGUGAGCUCCCCAGAGGCAGUGGUGUGUUCAUGGCUUUUGGUCUGGUUUGCUCCCUCCUGUGUCCCCACCACGUCACCAAUGCCUAGUGAAUGCUUGUGGGUAGAUAUGCUGUGGUCAGCCUCCUUGGACCAAGGCCCCCUCUUUCCUGUGGGAAGGCUGAGGUGGGUGAGGCAGGUGAGGUAAUUUCAUGUCUGUGCGGGCGCAGUGGUGACCACAGGAACACCAGGACAGAUGGAGACAGGCCCCUUGGGAAGGCAGUUGGGCUGUGGGACGACCGUAUGGGGCAGUGCAGAGAGCCAGGGCGGCCACAUUGCAAAUUGCCAUUCCGUGUGGCCCUGGGGGCGUGGAUCAGGAGUAGUAACAGCUGGUGGUUUUGAGGUAUGAGUGGGCUCUAGAGGGCCAGAAAAGUGGUAGCAAGGACGUCUUGACAGCAAGCAAGUGGUUGCCGGGAUGGCUGGGUGAGCUGGAAGCGGAAUCUCAGGACGUGAGCCUGGGGCUUUGAAUUCCUCCGCAGGGUCAGACGUGAGCUGUUCCCAGUGUCAGAUGUGAACCACGGAGUGGGUGCUUGGAAAAGCCUCAGGGUGUGCGUGGCUGCAUCCGUUUCCCGUGGCCGCCGUCAUGUGACCACAGACUGGGUGGCUAAAGGUGACGGAAAUGUACUUUCUCGCAGUUCUGGAGUCCAGAAGCCCGAAACCAAGGUGUCGGCACGGUGGGCUCCCUCUGGAGGCCCUGAGGGCUUUGGUUCCAUCUUUGGUCCCUCUGCUGUGUCCUUGCUGUUCCAGGCCCAGGGAAGCGCGUCACCACCCCCUGCCCCUGCUUCACACGGCCGCCUCUCUCUGUGGGUCUCUGUGUCCUGAGCGUCUCUUCUUAAAAGGAUGCCUAUCAUUAGAUUUAGGGCCUGCUCUAAAUCCAGGAUGACCGCGCCUCAAGAUCCUUAAUCAAUCACAUCUGUAAAGACCCCAUUCCCGAAUAAGCUCCCAUUCUGAAGAUCCGAGUGGCCCUGCAUUGUGGGAUAGGCUGUUCAUCCUGUCACUCCUGGUGACGGUAAUGUCCUCAGUGAUGACAGCCCCAUAUUUCAGGGCAUCUUGUGGGCCACCUUUUCCUCAGAGGGGAGCCUGCAGGUUCCACGUCCUGGCCUCCCUGUGUGCCUGGGACGGGGCAGGAGGCCACAGCCGGGGCAGCCUGGGGUGCUGGUGAGGAAGAGGAGGUGGGCUCUGCCCCUCACAGUCAAGGCAUCUGAGGGAAGGGAGACUGACUUGUGUUCUGAGUGUGUCUCCCGGCCUUCAAGGUGUUGAUAUUUUGACGUUGUGUAAUAAACACAGGCAUUGGUGAAUUGUGGUUACUUCUCUAUGUUGGGCAACCAUAGCAAUUCCCCCAGGUGGGCAGAGGAGCAAAUUCCCUGAUGCACCCUCUACCUUUCCAGCAUGAAGAACCCUCCACCAGGUCUGUUUUCCAGGAAGAUUCUCCUCUGAUUUGGUCUGUGGACCUGGCGCUGUGCUUCGCCAGCCAGCCUUGUUCACGGUGAGCCACUCGGUGAAAUCACCGCCCGUUCCAAGUGAACUCUUCAGAUCACUGGAAUAGUUGAGGGGAAAUGUUAGAAGAUUUUAUGAUGAAAAUAUGCCCGAACACCUGCCUUGCUCUUUCCAAUGUGGGCCCGACUGUGGUUUCUACCACUAGCUUUCUUUGUAGGCUUGGGCAGUGGAAGCUGAGGUGUGUAUAGAAGUGAAUCCCAGCUCAUCGUCUCUUCCAUGUGUUUAUGGAGGGAAAACCGCUGCUGCCGGUUAGAAUUUACAGUUAGAACUCUGCCACCCGUGAGUUGUGGAAGGAUCCUGUCACCCCUUCUCAUCUGCAUCCCCGCCUCCAGCCGUGUGUUUUACGGGGUGAGACCUGUGUGGACUCGGGGGGAGCAGAGCUGGAGUCUCGCUACUUCCAAGAAGAGCAGCAGCAAAAAGGCCCCAAACUGUCACUGCCACAGAGAGUCCCAGGGAGCAGGGGCCCGCGUGGGCGGCAGGUUGUGCUGCAGAUUCAGCGAGCUCCAAACUGCUUCCCUUCCCUCUCCCUCCCUGGCGAGGACUUCCUUGGAGGUUGCACUGAGCCAUUUCCGUGGAGGGCUUUCCUCCUCCUCUGGAACUUUUCAGACACCAGGGAGCACGAGACGUGGCCGGGAGGAGCUGCUCUGUGCGGACGGGGCCCCUCCGAGCACCCUGCCCACUCACUCUUAUAAAGACCCGUGUCGUCAGCACUGUGACGCUCCCUAGGAAGUUGCCCAUUUAUGGCUACUAGAGCAAAUGAUAUCAUCACAAUAGGUGGCUCCUGUCUAAAUAAGGAUCAUUUGUGAAAUGAGAUUAUAGACAUUUGUCUGAAAAAAAAAAAAAAAAACAGGAGAUAGAGGCACCUGCUUUCUGUAAUUGAUAUCCUGGGGGAGAGCAGUGCGCGGUAAUUAAAGCGUCCAUCUCCAUGGCUAACUCUGUUACGAGGAAGGAGCUCGCCUCUCCUGCUCUGCACCAAGCAGCCCCCACAUCCACAUGGAGUCGACUCCAGAUCCAUGUUUUCUAUUAUGCUUGACUAUAUGGGCCAUGCAUCGCAGUCCUGUGCCUGCCACGCUGCUGCAGUGCCUGGUUUGCAGAGCUCCGUGGCAGCCUGGUCCAGGCUGUGGCUGACCGGAGCCUCGGAGGCACGCUCGGUCGUCUUGGCCUGCUUCUCUUGCAAGGAUGUGCAAGCUUCCCUGAGUGCAGGUCUCCCAGUCCACCCAGACGCCUCCUGCACUCGGCGUUUGGAUGCUGCAGACGGAGCGGCAGGAGGCUCUCCUCGAGUCGCAGUGCACGCUCUGCGGAGAGCCGGAAGAGGAAGAAGGUGGAGACCUGGUCCAGCCGGGCAUCAGCUUUCCGGGGCCGGCAGAAGAGGAUCUAGACCCGCAGUACUCAUGGUCGCCCACGCAGCACUUCAAUGAGGAGCGCUACUCGCCCGCGCCCAGGAGCAUGAAGGGCCUCUCCGGAAGUCGGACCCAGCCGCCGCUGUGUCCCGGGCACACGUGCGGUCUGGCGCCCCCCGAGGACUGCGAGCACCUGCACCGCGGGCCCGACGCGCGGCCGCCCUACCUACUGAGCCCCGCGGACAGCUGCCCCGGGGGGCGCCACCGCUGCUCGCCGCGCAGCUCGGUGCACUCGGAGUGCGUGAUGAUGCCCGUGGUGCUGGGCGACCACGUGUCCAGCAGCACCUUCCCACGGAUGCACUACAGCUCGCACUACGACACGCGCGACGACUGCGCCGUGGCCCACGCGGGCGCCAAGAUCAACCGCAUCCCGGCCAACCUGCUGGACCAGUUCGAGAAGCAGCUGCCGCUGCACCGGGACGGCUUCCACACGCUGCAGUACCAGAGGACGUCCGCGGCCGCCGAGCAGCGCAGCGAGAGCCCCGGGCGGAUCCGCCACCUGGUACACUCCGUGCAGAAGCUCUUCACCAAGUCGCACUCGCUGGAGGGCUCCUCCAAGAGCAACGCCAACGGCACCAAGGCGGACGGCCGGGCGGACGACCACCACCACGCCCACCACGCCAAGCACAGCAAGAGGAGCAAGAGCAAGGAGCGCAAGCCCGAGGGCAAACCCCGGCCUGGCGUGAGCAGCUGGUGGAGCUCGGACGACAACCUGGACAGCGACAGCACCUACCGGACGCCCAGCGUGCUCAACCGGCACCACCUGGGCCCGGUGGCCCACUGCUACCCCGACGCGCUGCAGAGCCCGUUCGGGGACCUGUCCCUCAAGACCUCCAAAAGCAACAACGACGUCAAAUGCUCAGCCUGCGAGGGUUUGGCGCUGACGCCCGAUGCCAAGUACCUGAAGCGCAGCUCCUGGUCCACGCUGACGGUCAGCCAGGCCAAGGAGGCCUACCGCAAGAGCUCACUGAACCUGGACAAGCCGCUGCUGCACCAGGACACCAAGCCCGCCCUGAGGCCGUGCCACUACCUCCAGGUGCCUCAGGACGAGUGGGGAGGGUACCCCACCGGUGGCAAAGAUGAAGAGAUUCCCUGCAGGAGAAUGAGAAGCGGGAGUUACAUUAAAGCCAUGGGGGACGAGGAGAGUGGAGAGUCAGACUCCAGCCCCAAGACAUCACCAAAGUCGGCGAUCCGACCGGAGCCGCUGCUGAAAUCCAUUGGACAGAGACCGCUUGGAGAGCACCAGACCCAAAGCUACCUGCAAGCUGCAAGCGACGUGCCUGUGGGCCACAGCCUGGACCCCGCUGCGAACUACAACUCCCCGAAAUUCCGCUCCCGGAACCAGAGCUACAUGAGGGCCGUCAGCACCCUGAGCCAGGCCAGCUGCGUGAGCCAGGUGAGCGAGGCGGACAUCAAUGGGCAGUUCGAGUCCGUGUGCGAGUCCGUCUUCAGUGAAGUUGAAUCUCAGGCCAUGGAUGCCCUCGACCUCCCGGGAUGUUUCCGAACAAGGAGUCACAGCUACCUUCGAGCCAUUCAAGCCGGCUACUCCCAAGAUGACGAAUGUAUUCCCAUGAUGACACCCUCUGACAUCACCUCCACCAUUAGGUCAACAGCAGCCGUCUCAUAUACAAAUUACAAGAAAACCCCCCCACCAGUGCCCCCUCGGACCACCUCCAAGCCUCUGAUCUCGGUGACGGCGCAGAGCAGCACCGAAUCCACCCAGGAUGCCUACCAGGACAGCCGCGCACAGAGGAUGUCCCCGUGGCCCCAGGACAGCCGCAGUCUCUACAACUCCACGGACAGCCUGGACAGCAACAAGGCCAUGAACCUCGCCCUGGAGACGGCCGCGGCCCAGCGCCACAUGCCUGAGAGCCAGAGCAGCUCCGCGAGGACCAGCGACAAGGCCAUCCUGGUGUCCAAGGCAGAGGAACUCCUCAAGAGCCGCUGCUCCUCCAUCGGGAUUCAGGAUUCUGAAUUCCCAGAGCAUCAGCCAUACCCAAGGUCAGAUGUGGAAACGGCCACAGAUUCUGACACGGAGAGCCGCGGUCUGCGGGAAUACCACUCCGUCGGGGUGCAAGUGGAAGAUGAGAAGCGACACGGGCGUUUUAAACGUUCUAACAGCGUCACGGCUGCCGUCCAAGCUGACCUGGAGCUGGAGGGGUUCCCAGGCCACAUCACCAUGGAGGACAAAGGCCUCCAGUUUGGCUCAUCCUUCCAGCGGCACUCCGAGCCCAGCACCCCCACCCAGUAUGGCGCGGUGAGAACUGUACGGACCCAGGGGCUCUUCAGCUAUCGAGAAGACUAUCGGACCCAAGUGGACACCUCCACCCUGCCCCCUCCAGACCCGUGGCUGGAGCCCGCCAUCGACACAGUAGAGACUGGGAGGAUGUCUCCAUGCCGCAGGGAUGGGUCGUGGUUUUUGAAGCUGCUGCACACGGAGACGAAGAGGAUGGAAGGCUGGUGCAAAGAGAUGGAGCGAGAGGCGGAGGAGAACGAUCUCUCGGAGGAAAUUCUCGGGAAAAUCAGGAGUGCCGUUGGGAGCGCCCAGCUUCUCAUGUCCCAGAAAUUCCAGCAGUUUUAUUGGCUUUGCCAACAGAAUAUGGACCCCAGCGCCAUGCCGAGGCCGACGUCACAGGACCUGGCCGGCUACUGGGACAUGCUGCAGCUCUCCAUUGAGGACGUCAGCAUGAAGUUCGAUGAGCUGCAGCAGCUUCGGCUCAAUGACUGGAAGAUGAUGGAGUCCCCAGAAAGAAAGGAAGAAAGAAAGGUCCCACCUCCAAUACCAAAGAAGCCCCCCAAAGGGAAAUUUCCCAUCACAAGAGAAAAAUCCCUGGACCUGCCCGACAGACAACGUCAGGAAGCCCGGAGACGACUCAUGGCCGCCAAGCGAGCGGCAUCCUUCCGGCAGAAUUCUGCCACUGAGCGCGCGGACAGCAUCGAGAUCUACAUCCCCGAGGCCCAGACCCGGCUCUGAGGACGGAGGCCGGCCACCUUCCCCUUGGUCGUUUCUGCUUUUUCACAAAACGCUUGUACAGUUUGUUGCCUCCCUGGUGGUUUCUGUCUCAUUUCUUCCACUGAACACGCCCUUGCUCUUAUGCUCCUUGUACCGUGAACACAGUGGAGUGCGGUCAGUGGCCUCAGAGUCCACGGAGCUCAUGGCGAGGACGACUUUGUUUUUGUUUUUUUUAAACCGGUGGCCUGGCUCACACUCGGCUCUGAGGGACAGGCGUGGUGAGACCUGACUUCUCCUCCGUGUUCUCAGAGGACGGCGAGAAAUGCCUCUGGAGCUGGAACCCAGCUUACAUUUUGUUAUUUCUAUUUUUAUAAAUUGUGUGAUAAUUAGAGGUAAGAAUAACAAAUAACCAUAAAUGGGUGCAUCUCACCACCCCCUAGAGGCAUUAGACACCCAAGUGGAAGGUGCUACAACCUGAAGUGCAGGAAGAAAGGCCCCUUCCCCUCGCACACCCGAGCUUUUGCUCCCUGAGCGCAGGCAGCCCGUCCACCCGCUCCGCUCUCCUGCUCCUGUUUGUCACAGAGAGAAAACAUUAGGCUCCUUGUGUCCAGCUUACUGUGAGGGAAAGUUCUCUCUCGAACCACCAAACUCCCCACCAUACAGUUCUCCAGCAUCCCAGGGGAUGACAAAUCUGAACCCACUAAAAUACCCAGCACAGCAUCUACACAUUGAAAAGAUAAGCCGAGUGUUCCCACAAAGAAGUCACGCGCAGAGAGAGGAGAGUCUUACAGAGGGCUGGGAGCAUAAAGGGGAAACAAUGUCCUUACUUCUAUGAAAUAGUUCUUGUAUUUUUUAUUUCUUUGUAACUUAAAAUACGACACCCAGUAUUUUCUUUAAGUUUCACCAUUUACGCUACAUGUGAUUUUUUUAAUGUAUGUAUAUAUAUACUCAAAUUGUUCUAUCAGCUGACUUUCCAGGGUAUCCUUAAAAAAAAAAAAAUCACAAAAAAAACACAAAAAGUUUGCUUGUUUAAAAUGACAAUUGUGAUGUUAUAAAAAGUUUCAGAAAUAUGAAUGUGCGUGGUAAGUAUAUCUCAGUUUAAAUGGUAAAGAAGAAAUGUAGUUUACAUUUGUAUUUUUCCAGAAUUCUUUUGUCCUAUGCAGUAUUGCUCAAGUCAAGAAUAUAUUCCUUGCCUGUGUUAGACCUGAAGGAAAAAAGAGGUCACAUAUUGUGAUUUCCAGCUGUGGAAUUCCAAAAAAAAAAAAAUUAGUGUUCAUGACUCUGUGGUCGGUGCCAGACGAAAAUAGGAACGACUCUAAUAGGCUCUCCGUGUGUAUCAUUAAAUUCAGCUGCCACGACCAUUGUUCCAACACGACUUGUUUCACAGUUCAGACCAGUCUUCAAAGGAAAAGCCUAUCAGAUUUUUCCACUGGGUUCCAGUUUCAGAGUCCUCCUUAUUACUCAAAGUAAAAGCAGGACUGCAGUGUAAGAUGUUUCCACCCCCGUACCUGGUCUUCCUUCCCGGCUUAGGGAGUACCAUGUACUUAGCCACAGGCAGAACCGCUUUCGAGGACGACCCGUAGCACUUUGUUUCUUCACCUUGAUUUGCACUUUACAGCAUCCCCGGCCCCUCUGCAGCCCGUGGCUGGCAGGGCGUUCGAGGCGCAGCUGUCCGGCAGAACGCCCUCCAGAGCUGCGGUGUCUCCCUGCCUCAUUCGCCACAUCCCACGGAGCAUGGGACCACUGGGAGCAGAGCUGAUACUAAAGCAUGUUUAGCUUCGAAGUUUUACUUUUUUAAAGCUGAGUAGUUAAGAAUUCCCUGUAACAACGAAACCCUGUAAAUUGAGCCUCGUAUCUGGUAUAUAUUUUACCAAACAGCCUUAAAAUAUAUUUGGAAGCAAAAAUCAGUACGAAUGUAUCUCCUUGAAAAAUGCAAAAAAAAAAAAAAAAAAAAAAAUCCCUGAAAUAUUCUUCUAUAAAUGAAUCCUAUUUCCCCAGGGUGUUCAAAGCAUUUUUCUACCUAAAUACCUAAAUUUUGAGUAGUGUACAGUAAUGAUGCUUCUUCCUAUAUCCACUCUAUUAUGUUAAAACAAAUGUAUUUGCGAGUAUUGGCAUUUUAGACUUUAAAAAUGCUGUAUGAUUUCAGAUGAACUCUGCUGUUUAGAAAUAACCACAGAAAAGCAAAGUCAGUGUACACUCCGAGUGAAAGGAAAUGUAACGUGGAUACAGGCCCGCCACCUCCUCACGUUGGUCUAUCUACUGGCAGCUGAUAUGUUUAACUCAUUUCCUUGAGCUUAUACAAAAACAUGUAUAAAAACAAACUGUUAAAGUAGACAAUAAUUAUUCGUCUCAGAUCCCAGAUUCAAUGAUCCCUGCUUAAAAUGUUCACUGGAUGUAGGUUGAUUUCUUACGUUGUGUAGACUCAUUGUUAUUUUUCAAUCCCCAAAAGUCUUGGCCUAAACCAUCCCUAGGUGAGCAGAUCAACCUACCACUACAUUGCACAGGGGUUGGUGACUCGACGUGGUGAAUGUGGACACGCCCUGCUCGGUCCGCCAUGUUCCAAAGAAGAUGAUUUAAUGGUAGAACGGAUACCUGCUGCUAGACCUGAUGGAAUGUUACCUGUCCGUGUUACAUAAUCAAGUGCAAUAUACUCAGUUCUCAUGCAGGUGACAUUCUACCAUGAAACGCAGAAGCCAUGUUUAUGUAUUGUACAUGUCAAGAAAAAUAAAACUGUUUAUGAUACUUGUGUUAGUUACUCGAGCUAGCUUAUUUCAGCCACUUCUAGCAGAUACAUACCAUGGAGCUCACGUGUGACCAUUUCGUCAUAUUUAAAAUAUAAUUUUAAGAAAAGAGUAAACAUCCAUUGGAGAACACGGCUGAAAAUUAUUGUGCUGUUCUAGGAACAUCAUCCGAGAGAGUGUGAUGUUCGCUCUAACCCCAUACCCACAUUCUCUAAUGAUACAGCCAAUGACGGGUGAAACCCAGACACUUUCCGUAUAGCCGACAGGUUGAUCCUGCUCUGUUGAAGGCUGUAGUUAAUAAAACACAAGUAUGAUAAACAGGACCUCGCAUUUAGCCCAGGAAAGGAGAAUGCUGCUUGUUACCCAGAGUGCUUUUCUUGUGAUGCGUCUCAUGCAUCUUCAUGUGUUACUGUGUUUGAAGUAAAACUAGCUGUUCUCAAUGACAAUUUUUACCAUAUUUUUCUCAGCAAAUUUAUAUCACCAUCUUAGAAUGGUAUAUAAAAAAUUGAACUAUGAUACCAAAAAAUUAGUUUUGUUUAAAAGGAAAUGUUUUCAACUCCAAAUCAAUUCUAAAAACUUCGAGCAUGUAAUUGAAAGGUAAAUGGUCAGAUCAAAAUACAAAUUACAUGUAAGGUUAUCUGGUUUUUUUGUUUUUUUUUUAAAAAAAAAAAAAAAAAACAAGGCUACAAAAUCAGUGACCUGCUAAGUAGAGGGAAUUUCUCCCUGCUGCUGCUUAUGACAGUGGCCAGGUUUAUGAUUAGAAGACACAGUGGCAGAGCACACAUGUGCAUAGGUUCUGAUUAUUUCUCUUGGAGCGUAUGUCCUUGUCUUCCCUGUCUUGAUUGCCUUUUCAGUGCCAUAUUAAGCAGCCACUGUUUCCACCCCUUUCAUUAGAAGGCCCUGCAUCUGUAAAUUCGCUCAUCUCUGUUUUCGUGAGAUCCUUGUAAGCAUCACUACCCCAGUUCAGGAUGGAAUUCCACAGGAAAGUGAAGGGAUACCGCAGGCCUGUGUUUGGAGCGCCUGUGGUGACCAUAGAAUGAGCUGUAUUAGGGACCGCUCUCUGGUUUGGGCCAAACCUUUUGGGGGCGAGUAGGGAGUCGGGGAGGUGGGUCCGAGUCUUCCUCAGGAGGGCCUUUUCUAUCGGCAGGACCUCCAUCAAGUCAAGCCAUCCUGUGGUCCUGAGCACUAAGGGGCCAGGGGAUCUCCUGGGAGACGCAGCUCGUGUUUCAGCUGCGUUUCAUCAGUCAGCCUUGCUUGGAAUUCUGGCAGGUUCCCUGGGGUGUUUCAGCAGACAGGAGGCCCAUGUGCCGUGGCCAAGUCAGCCUGGGUACCCCAGUCACCAGCAGGGCCAUCCUUGAUGGCAGGGCCCCCCACGAACCUGGGAGAGGCAGCAGGAAAUGUGUAAGAGCGUGUGCAGGGGUACUGACGUAAAAGCGUUGCCCAAAACAGCACUGGUUCAGGGAGGGCCCCGGAUACUUCCUUUGGCCCUGGAAUCGCCCCACCUUUGAGCAUAGAAACAAGCUCCUCCAACACGGGCCGAAAUAACCAAACUCCCCAUGGUUCUUGUGUGCUCACUUCCCAGCCCUCUUCUUGUCAAGCCUGAACUUCAUUUUUUUUCUAACUGCAAAUUUAACAGGCUGGUUUAAAACAGCAGUUUUCGGACGACAGCCCCUGGGAAUGUGCGAGGGUUCUCUCGUGUUGAUCUGCUUGUCUGUUUACACUUCUCUGUAGGCAUGGAUUGAAUACAAGGUUCUAAAACUUGAAAAUAAAAGAAAACCAUGAGCUUAAGAGAUGAAAAAGAUGACCCCUUUCUGAGUAGGAUCCGUAACUCUGUGGACUGGGGCAACGCAAUGUGCUUCAUUCAGCACCGUGUCAGCCGUAGCACACACCACGGGGGUUCAGAUCAGAGCCAUGGCUUCCCUUGCGGGAGCCCCAUCUUGUUGCUAUUAGUUGGGAGUUGCAAUUCCUUGUUGGCCAUAAACAAAGUGCUAAAGGAAAGGGCUUGUUCUCUGCAUUCGGUUGAAUGUCCCCCAGUGCAGAGUAGCAGCAGAAUGUUCUGGAAAUAAAGGAGAUAUUGCUAGGAAUCUCUAGGCCGUUAGUCAGGCAACCUGGCUUUUAUUCAUCCUCAGCCAGCAACUCAUCUCAGUUUUUUCCUCUGGAAAGGGGAUUAUAGUUCCUGUCCCAUCUCCCUUGAGGGCACAUUGUGAGGAUUAAUGAUAUAUUGGCUCUAACGUCCUUUGAGCUCCUGGGAACAGGUGGUGAAAGUGAGUUCUUGCUAAGGAUUAGUCCCUGGCCUCUUCUGGAAUGCUGCCCUCCCAGCUCUGCAAGGGAUGCUGCCAAAAUCCAGGCUGGUUGUAAACAACUCAGAUAAUCAGGGACCACCAGAGGCAAAGGCCAUGAGACUGUCUUUGGAAAGGUUUGGAAAUGGAGAAAUAACUACAAGGGCCAUUCUCCUUAGCUUCUGGCUUUCAACUGUUUCUAGAUGCUUCCAAGAACAAGAACCCAGCAUCAACCAGAAUUAGGCCACGUUUUCACCAUUACUUAAGCUCAGUUGCCUCUUAGAUGAAAUGAGGAGAUACACUAAACAUUAAAGUGAUAAAGGAAAAAAAAUAAUAAUUUGGAAGCAGAAAAUUGCAUGGGUAGGGCAACAGCAGGAACGAAAUCAGACACAGUGACUCAAACCACAGAAGGGUUUGAGAAGCUCAUCCCUCUAAUUAAUUCCUCUGUUUCACACUUCAGAGAAGGCAGAGGUGGUCCGUGGGAAAGCUCUGGGAAAUAACCAUCUUUCAUCCUUGCCACAUUGAAAAAUGUCCACAAUUUUAUGAAUUGCUGUCCUAACUCUGGCGUUUUUAUCCAGUGUUAAAAUAAAUUAUUUCAAGUUUCAAUGUAAACACUUAACAGAUGACUUCUUUGCAGAGGAAAUGUUCGUUACCUACUAUCAAACUACUUUUUAACAGAUUUUGUACAUACACACACCAAGGUGACAGAGAUUUACCUCCCUACUUUCUUAGAUUUUAUGUAACUCUUUUCAUUGGUGCUUAUUCAGAACCUGAAAGCCUUGGGCAUCCAAGCUUUCACCUACUCAAUGGAGGAGAGGUGAUCAUGAAUGAAAAGAUUGACACCAGGUUUCUUGGACAAAUUUAAGUUCAAAUUUAUCUCUUUCAAGUAGACCAUGGUCUCCCUAGAGAGUGUGUUGGUUCGGGUCUGCCAGUACAACAAAGGAUGCUCCCAGCUUGAUCGCGGCACCUUAUGGAAGCCACUCACCCAUUCUCUGAUUUACCCCCAAAACACUACCGUGCCCCAGCCCCACUCAUUUGAAUAAUACAAUCAUAUCACUUUCAAAGGGCUCAGCAUGAAUGUCCCCCUCACUCCACUUUCUAACUGGUUUGCUGAACUCAACAAAGCUUCCCCUUACGAGCAGUGAGACCUAGGCUCCUUUUGAAUGCUUCCUUCCGAACGGUAAGCCACUUCACUCUCAGACAGGACAGGUCCUCCCUGCAGAGACACAACUCAUCCCCGACCUUCCAUACUACAGACCAAAAUACCCAGGUGCGGCCUAAGGACUACAUUAAAUGCCUCCUAUAGAAAUUCAAGGAAUGUUAGAACCAGGAAACUAGCUGUUUAGUUAAAGUUUUAAAGAAGUAUAUAAAUAUAUAUAUAUAAAAAUAUAAAUAUGAAAUCAUAUCGAGUGUGAGGAUGAACAGAGUGCCAAAUAUUCAGCAUCUGUACAAAGUCAUUCACUGGAAUUAAACUAUUUUAUGUAAUUCUCUUUCUCAUGCUUUUAUGGUUCUUUUGAUAAAUUCUAUUUAGUAGCAUGCAGGAUACCUAAUCUGAAUGUGCAAUAUGCUAUUCAUCACCGCGACAAUUUCUUACUUCUUCUUAGUAACUUAUCAGAAUGUUGGUCGUUCCUUUAAGGCAUUUAAGGAUUGCUUUAUUUGUGUUCUUUUUUCCCAUGACUUUUUUUCACUCAUCUGACUGUAAGAAAUGCGCACCGUUUCUGCCAUAACCCUCUGUGAUGAUGCCUCCAUUUGACUUCUGUAACGCUGUUCACCUCCUGUAAAUAGUUCUGCAAUUAAA